GAGGUGACACUUCUGGUUGCGGCAGUAGUUCUGGUGCAGCAGCUAUGGAGCAUUCGAUGGCUACUGGACAAGAUGACCAUGAAGAGUCAGCAGUUAGAGGAAACGUGAUAGAAUUGAAUACGAAAGGUGAUCAAAUGAACGGUAUCAUCAAAAGGAGCACAAGUAAAAUUAUGAUGCAAUCCCGAAGAACAUGUCGUCUGAAAGUGGUGAUUUGUACGGUUGAUGAAAGAAGCGUAGAGAAGCUGAAGUCAGUAUUUCCGUUGAUAAAUAGGGCAAUGAAAGGUACAGUAGUGAUUGGUGAUACAAUAAUACCGCAUCGAAUGGGUGAUCAUGAUUAUGAUGAGCCAUGGACUGAACUUGAUAUUGAGGUGUCAUCAGCAUCUGAAUGGGAUAGCAAGCAAUGUUUGGCUAUUGUCCGAUGGUUUCAACAUUAUUGCAAAAAGAUUGGAUUCAGCAAUGAACUCAGCCCUCUGUUGCAAUUAUUCGGCAGAAAUAUUUUAUUUGAAGAUUGCGUAUCGGCUCAUUUGGGCGUCACCUUGAAUGCGAUUCAUUUUGGAAAUUUGAUUUCGAGUGGAGUGUAUUUAGCGCAUUUUACGCGACAUUCAGCAGUUGGUUCGGAUGAUGAGCAGAAGAAAAGUUUGGAGGUUUUUCGACAGUUGAAAGGCGAUCAC